AUGAUAGAAGAAUUACGAAAAUUUUGUUCCAGAGGUGACGAUGUUCAACGAUCGAUCGAGUUGCUGGACAAGGUGCUCUCUGAAUACGACGAGCACAGCAGUAUCGAGAUCGAGGCUCCUGGAGACGAGACCGGCGAACUCGAGGAAGGUAGCAGCGCCUCGGGCGUCGGUGAAGCCGUUGAUGAGGCGGACGCCGACGCCGAUGGGCAGGUUGGAGGACGUGACAGCAGUACUGAGCCCAGUAUUGGUCUCACUCCCGAGGACGAGAGCCCUUCUUUAGGACACCAGUCCGAAGACGACGGUUAUAUGAGUAUGAAUGGACGUAAAGCGAAAAUGGCAUUAGUCGCAUUGCGUCCGGUACCGGAUUGUCCGGAGCCACAAGAGUCGUCAGCUAAUAAUGCACCGUCAUCCCUUGAAUUUCCACCCCCGCCAGAAGAAGCUGAGCGUAUUAUCUCGACGCUGUUACCCAUAGUCUCGCCGAGCGACUCGUCUAAGAGAAGAAGCACAGGCGGCAAGUCUGGGAGACGUGGCGACAAACAGACGGAAGAGAUGACGAGAUCGCGUCAUCGGGGACACACUGUCACAAGUCAGACUACUCUGCCGAAAACCCGACGCAGAAAGCUGUACGGUCUGUGGGACAGGACGACGAAUGCCUCUCUGGAGACGCGUCGGAACUCGACAUCGGGGAAAUUUGCCAGCCUGCCGUACGACGUUCAGGUGUCCUGCGACUGGAUCCUGGAGUCGAAAACUCAGAGUAAAAAUUCGCAAGAAAAACACCGGGAGAGCGCGAACAGACGGAGACGAGUGCGAUCGACAAAUGUGGAAGCGGACAAGGACAAUCAGAAUGUUCAGCAAAUAUCCUGCAAUAAUGAUCAUACCCAGGGUAAAUUAGCGGAGGCUAUGGUGGAUUCUAGUCGAGAUGAACCAGAUAACAAUGUUAGCCGUAAAGAGGCGGAAGCCUUGAAGGAUGAUGAUGAAGAGGAGGAAGACGUCGAGGAAGUUGAGGAAGACGAGAUUGAUGAGGAUGAACUUGAGGAUGAGGACGAGGAGGAGCCACCGAGAGCCGGGGAUGACAGAGACGAGGAACUGAGGGGUGAGAGGAAUCACUCGGAUUCGAGCUGUGAUGGACGGUUCUCACGUCGCAGGAGAAGAAAAAGAAAAGUCGGCAUGGAUCGAGGUGUCUCCGAGUCGGAAUCCGAGAGAUUUUCAAUGCCACGAUCCAGUUCCGUCAGCGUUGAGCGUUUUUCAAUGCGCGCAAAUUGUGAUUCCUCGGAUUUUUCACGAGCCAACUCGACGUCGAACGAACGGUUCCAUUCAGACUUUUCGCUGGCUGUCGCUAGCGCCAGCUCUAACGACCGCAUGUCCAUACCGACAUCCGACCCUUUUUCUGUUCGCAAUCUUGACUUCGCUGUGUCAGCGUUUUCUUUGGGUCGAGCAGACUCUUGCGACGAAAGAUUUUCGGAUGUUUACUCGACGAGAAACUCGGAUUUUUCGACGAGAAACUCGACAGACUUCAGAACCCAGUCCGAGGAGGAGGAGAGAUUCUCUGAUGAUUCACUCGAGGAGAUGUUGAGAUCAGCUGUGCCUCAGCCACCGCCGAUGCCUCCGUCGCCUGAAAGCCAGCCGGUUGUAUCCAAGAGGCACUCCAUCGCUUGGGAAGUGUCUCUUGAGGAAGAUCCGCUGUAUGCUCCUGGCAGCACUAAAGUUGUCGGAAGGAGACGACGACGUAGCAGCGAUGUAUCUAGCGUCGGCUCAGCGUCGAAGCUCCGGGAUCUAGAUUACGACUGGCAAGAACCUCAUCGACGCUCGACAACAGACGAUGAUCUGAUCUCGCCGUAUUCACCAGACUCAUCGACCAACGAGCUGGAUCACCCGGUGUCUGGGAAGCGAGAUCGCGAUUAUCCAACGAAAAACGGGACGUAUGUAAUACGCGGCCGGACGCGAAAAAGAGAACGCAAGCCUUUGAUCACGUCUAGUGUAUCGCCGACGAGAAAUACUAAAGCGGAUUCAACAGAAACCACAAACGUUACAAAACGCUACUCGAAUACUUUCGACGAUAUAAAGAGUCUGCUGCGCGAAGGGAGAUUGGAGGGCCUGAAUGAGCCGCCCCCAGACUUUGUACCCCCAGUACCGCCAGACCUCGUCCGAGUGCUCUCUCUUCCAGCUUUUGACGAGGUUGAUGCUGUUGAAAAAACAUCUGUAUCCAAGUCUGCAAAUACUAAAACAGUACCAACAAAGACAAAGCCAACAAGUGAGCUCCCGAACGCGCUUCCGAGGCACCGGAACAACGACUACCUCUCCUCGACUUCUUCCUCGCCUUCACCACCGCCUCCAGCACCAUCUCCACGCGGUGACAAGAAUGCUAAAAAUUCAAACUACAAUUCCAAUCACCAAGAAGCCAAUGCUGAUCAUCAUCUUCUUCCUAAAUCCAAGUGCAAUGGUGUUAGUGCGCGAGGAUUGCUUCCUACCUCCAAAAGCUUGGACAUCCACGCUACCAGUCGCUCCACCAGCCACGACAACGACAAUAAAUUAAAGUCCACUGGUAAAAAGUCCUCCACCAGCAGAAAGUCCGACCAGUCGAAAAUUCCGGUCAAUGUACUGAUUGAAGAUCAAAUUGUCAAGAAGGCUCUCAACGAGAAUCGCAGACAAUUGGAGAAAGUUAGCGACGCUAUUAAAGAACUGGAGAGCGUCAGGAAUAGCGAGUCAUUUGUCGAGGGCAAGAUUUCUAAAAAGGUUAAGGAGAAUUCUAAGAAAUCCAGGGCCAGCAGAAACGAGGUCGAGUCCGACUCUGAAAAUGUCAAUGAGACUUCUAGAGAAGACGAGGACUGUGAUCUCGGAUGCAGCACUGAGUAUGAUCACAGGAGGAAACCUAAUGACGCGAUCAACGAACUCGUGUAUUCUUCCGGUCGGCGAAUCGGGCAAAACGAUAUCGACAGUCUGGCUAAAAAUGAUCAAAGGCAAAUUGAAAAUGUGAUUGAUGCUAUUCUUGAGGACUCGAAAAAUCCAGACUUUCAGGUCAGUGUCGAAGUGCUGGAAUUCCCGCCGCUUCCACCAUCACCAGUAGAAGAGGCUGAUGAAGAGAGCUUGGAUGUAAAUGUUGCUCCUGUCAGUGUAUCAACCCACUACGGAUCACACCGCGCAAUGAGUCGUCAGCCAACACGGACGAUAGAGUACAGACCACGAGUGCCGCCUCAUAGAGUACCUACUAUUGACAUGAAGGAUCAUCGAUCCUCAUUGGACACUACUAGGUCAAUGGAUGCUGGAUACUCUCGCAGCAGAAGAACUCCAAAUGCUCCAUCCAACUCAAGACGUGACGUGCCAGUGGAACGUCGCACGCUACCGACCGAUUUACCAGGUCCCUCACGAAGACGUACCACAACGAAACAGUCUCCAUCAGGCGAUACUGCAAUGGGAACACCGAUUAUGGGGACAAUAGUACCUCCGGGAAAUUCAGGUAUGCAAACGUCAUGCUCGCUUCCUGAAACACCGGUGUUUGCUCGAGGAAGCGAUAUUCCCCGCACGCCUCAGCAUACUUCAGGCAACACAUUAUCCACAACGACCUCGACGAUGUCUACGGCCGCCACCCAGCCCCGAAGACAGCCCGGCUGGUACGCGCCAACAACUGCUACAACCGGAGGGUACCGACGCAACAACCCAGGCCUAGAGCAGGCGAUAAUCGGGACAGAGCUGCUCCGUCUGGCAGGAGGACCAAACCGUGGGUGGUACCCGACUCGUCGAGGAGCGAACCAGCCGCGACCUGCCUCGAUCGAACACCUGGAGCGUCUGAACAGUGCCUACGAAUCCCGACUGCCCACCGCCGGGGAGCAGAGGAAGCCGCUGACUUUGCCCACCAACAUAACGCCCAACAAAUACUUCGGUCAAAGUAAGCACAGCUCUGCCACUUCCGGCACUCGCGAGGCACUUCGGAGGGUCACUAGCUUGCUCAUCAAGAAAGGUAAGUGCCGGGCUUUGCUAUACCUCCCGUCUCCACCGACUCCUUUAUUUCCACCCCGAUCCCAGGAAGCACCAAGGAGACCAAGGGAACUGGAAAGGAUGUCUUUCCUGCUGGACCAUACUCUGGUGGAGAACCCAGCGACGUACCAAAGAAGAAAGGAUUCUUCAAGAACUUCUGGAAACGCUCGCGGCAUUAUUCCCUGGAGAAUCAAUAGCCCAGGUGUUACCUUGCGGUUAAAUGUCGCCAGCCACGUCGCGGAGAUUUCUUAUCGCCUCAGCAGACGCAUUAAUGGCAGCAGCAAUAAUGACCAGCACCAACAGGAGCAGAGUCAGGAUGAUAAUCAGGAUAAAACUCAGAAUCAGCAGCAAGAGCAAGAACAACAAUUACAAAUGGCUACGACAAAUAUAAUUGAAAAUCCUUGCUGCUGUAUUGCGCAGUGA